AUGGCGAUCGAACAGCAAUUCGACGGCCUUCUGCGUCACGUCGGUCUUCGGGUCGACCACGGCCUGACGCCUCUCUCUGCCACCCUCGUGGUCCUCGCGCUCCUCGGCGCACUCACGGUAGGAACAUUCGUGCUUCGUCUUGUCCUGCUCUUUGCCGACCUCUACAUCCUCCCCGGCAAGCCAGUGUCCAAAUUUGGCGCCAACAAGAAGGACUACCACAAAGCGGCGUGGGCCGUUGUCACCGGUGCCACGGACGGCAUCGGUCGCGAGUUUGCCAUCCAGCUUGCCAAGAAAGGUUUCAACAUCCUCCUCGUCUCUCGCAGCCCUGAGAAGCUAGGCGCUGUUGCGGCCGAGAUCGAAGCUGCCAGCCCUGGCGUUCGAACCAAGACGCAGGCGAUCGACUUUGCGCUUGGCGACGAACGCCAGUACGAAGGCCUCGAGCACACGGUCAAGGACCUCAACAUCGGUGUGCUGGUCAACAACGUGGGCAAGUCGCACGACAUGCCCGUCACCUUCGCCGAGACGACCGAGGAGGAGAUGGAGGACAUUAUCGAGAUCAACGUCGUCUCUGUUCUUCGCGUGUCGCGCAUGAUCAUCCCCGGCAUGGUGGCGCGCAAACGCGGACUGGUGCUCAACCUCGGCUCGUUCGCUGGUCAAGUGACGACCCCCAUGCUGGCCACGUACGCCGGUAGCAAGUCGUUCCUCAGCGGCUGGUCGCAGGCCAUGGGCGAAGAGCUCCGCAGGAGCAAUGUCACCGUCAGCCUGCUCAACACGUACUUUGUCGUUUCCAACCUGUCCAAGAUUCGCAGGUCGAGCGCGAUGAUUCCGACCCCCAAGCAGUAUGUUGCGCAGGUGCUCAAGACGAUCGGCAGGAACGGAGGCGCCGUUGGCAGGCCGUACACGUCGACGCCGUGGCCCGGACAUGCGCUGGUCGACUGGGCUACGACAUUCGUGCUGCCCAGGGGCUGGUUGCUCAGCUACACCUACGGGCAGCAGGUGACGACGAGGAAGAGGGCUAUCAGGAAAGCCGAGAAGGCGAUCAAGUCGACCUAA